GCUGAGCUCUUUGACGGACUGGAGCCAAGCAGUCCUGUUUGUUGCCUACUGCAAUGACCGGCAGACAUACACAGCUGCAGAAAAGCAGUCUUUUCACAUGAAGCCGGGUCCUACAAGAACCAUGUCAAAGAAGAGUAGUCCCAACAGUCCACCUUCUACAACAACAGUUAGUUCCGUCUUUGUUCAGGCUGGAGAUUGCAGAAUAGUCAUAGCUAUACUUAAGUGUGGAAAAUGGGUGGAGCUCCAGCUGUCUGAAUCUGUACCAAAUUUGUUAGAAAUUGGUGGCAAUCAGGAAGAGACCAAAAAAUUAUUACAGGAUCAUGAACUUCUCUUGUCUAAACUUAAGCCUCUGGAAGACCAAGUUUGGGACCUGUUACGUGAAGCAGACAAAACCUCAGAGGAAAACAAAGAUCAAGGAGAGGUGUACGAUGCCAUGGCAGAGACGUUGGGAGAUGCUUGGGAUUCCCUUGUUGUUGUUCUAGAGAAGCGCAGAGAACUUUUGAAACUUGCCGCUGGUUUUUUUGAAAAAGCCUUGGAGUUUGCUAUGAAAAUCGACCAAGUUGAAGAUUUCCUGCAGAAUUCCCAAGAGUUUGAAAAUCCCCAAUCUUUGACAGCACUUUUGAAUCAGCACGAACAUCACACCAAAGAGCUGUUAGAGAAAUCACUGGUCCUCUUAAACAAGAGCCACGACCUUACUGAGUUCAUAGAGGAAUUUAAGGCUGACGGGCCAAACAUAAACCCGGAAUUUAUGCAGGGGGCCCACAGCAGCUGCCUGAAAAUCGAUAAUCUCCUUGAAGUUCUGCAAGACAGGAGAAGGCAACUGGAUAAAUUCUUGAAGUUGCAACGCCAAGGACUGGAGCAAGUUUUGCAGAUCUGUCAGUGGCAUCAGAGGGAAAAUCAGGUAACCUUUUGCUACAAGAAGAAUAUAAAAGAUUAUUUAUGUAAGGAAAACUUGGGGUCAAAUUUAAAAGAAAAUGAAAAGUUACUCCAGGAACACAAUGAGAUGGAAAUUCGGGUUAAGGAAUGGAACUGCACAGUUGAGGACUUAAAGUCUGAUGCGCUCAAAAUCCUGUUUUCGGAGGAAUAUGCAGAAAAAGAACAUCUCAAGCUUUCGAAUCAGAAAAUAAAUCUGCUGCAACAGGAGGUAAACCGGCAUAUGGAGGAAAGGAAAACCUCCCUGCAGGAAAGCAAUGACUUCUUCAGGGCAGCUAACAAGACCAAUGAUGUUCUUGAAAAUGUUGAGGCUUCCCUAAAACUCCUGAACUCUGAAAAUUUAAGUUUGCCUAUCUUGACGCAAAAGUAUGAGGAACUGCAGAAAGAAAUUAAAGAUGGAUCAGAAGAUACCCUGCAGAAAGGAUAUGCCUUGCUUAGGAAAGUCAGUGCUCACAGUUCUUGUUUUACUGGAAUUCAGGAGAUGGUAGACUGCAUUCAGAACAGAAUAGAUCUCUUGAUCGGACAGUGCCCUGCUUACAAAGAACGUGCCUCAAAAAAGUGGCAGUUAACUACCAAUUUAGAAGAUUACCUUCAAAAGGCAUCUACACAGAUCAAAAACAUUAGUCCGAUAGUCUCAGUUGGAUUGAAUCCUGGAUCAUCUGCACCUGAAUCAGAGAAAGUUAUGAACCAAUAUUUAGAACUGGCAAAUCAAACCAAGGAGAUGGCACAUGAGCUGGAAUUAGCUGUGAGAAUUGUUAAGGAGAUGGAAGAAUUUGAAACUACAGAAGUAGAAGCUUUUUCUAGCAAAACGAAGCUUCUGAAUGAAGAACUGGCAAUGCUUAACAAAAAUAUUAAUUUAAAACUGGAAAUCCUGAAGCCUUAUGUAACAUUUUUAAAGUCAUCAAAUGAGAUUGGUGGUGAUGCUCUGAAGCUGAAAGAAUUCUAUACAUCCGAGCCUAUGCAAGAAGACAUCGAGGCUAAAAAUGAGACUUUGAUGCAGUCAGCUGAAAUGCAGUGGCAGAUGGUCUUAAAGAAGAUUCUUUCCGCUCAAGAUAUGGGACACGACUUUUUAAAUUUAGUAAACAUGGUAAAUGAGAAUCUAAUACUGAAUGUGGAAAAUGUUGUACAAGUGACUGAACAAGCUAUUGCUGUUCUGAACAAAGAGAAGGAAGAGUUGACAUCCCUUUGGACAUCAUGGAAACUUAACAUGAGUCAAGUGAAAUCCAUCAAAGAACAGUGUGGGAAAUUUAAUGAGCAAUUUAAAACUACCACACAGAGCUUAAACGCUCUCCAAGAGGCACUCCAGUCCGCUACAGCACUUGAUCUUGGAAGCAACCUUUCUGUGCUUGUAGAGCUGCAAGAUAAAUUUAACCAAAUGAAACCACAAUUUCAGCAACUUAACGCUGAAGUGGAGUAUACAUUAAAGUUAUCAGAACAACUGAGUUCAAAAGGAGUCCCUGACAUGGAAAAGUCUGAGAAAGUAAGUGAGCUCAUACAUCUCCACAAGGAGAUAAAGGAAAGGAUUGAAACAUAUGAUGAAUUUUUCAACAAGACAGUGAAGUUCCAUUAUGCAAAAGAACAACUUGAAAGUCUCAUAAAAUCUGGAGGAUUGGAGGUCCCAGAAAUUAAAGAGGUGCCCAGUGACACACCCCACGUUAAGACUCACUUGAACAAUGCUCAAGAGAAACACGCUCGUAUCAGGCAGUUGUACAAACUGGCACUCACUCUUGGAAUGGACAUAAUUUCAACAGUGCAACAUCCAAAUCCCUUUAAUGUUUCUGUAAAGAACCUGCGACAGCAGCUGGAGGCACUUGAGUCUGACAGUGCUAGCUGGGGUUUCAAAGCGGAUAAGUAUGAGGAAGACCUGUCACACGUUCUCCAUUUCUGCACCACGAGAGAUGAGAUUCAUGAGCUCAGGGAAUCGUUUAAAGAUAUCAAAAAGAAAUUCAACAACAUGAAGUUCAACUAUAGCAAGAAAACAGAGAAAGCUCGAAAUCUGAAGGCUCUGAGAAUUCAGAUUCAGCAAGUUGAUGUGUACUCUGAAAAAAUGCAGGUUCUGAGAAAGAAAGUGGAGAAUCUGAAGAGGAAAACCCUAGAGUGCUCACAAACUCAGCCGGCCGACAGAGCCACCAUUCUCUCUGAGUCAAUUGAUGAAGUCGAGAAGCAGAUCUGUGAAUUUAGCAAGAUCAUGGAGGAUUACAAACAAAAUCUAGAUCUUAUGGAGCACCUGCAGCAGAUGAUGGAAGAGUGUCAGUUUUGGUCUGAAGAUGCUAGUGCGACUAUAAUCAGAGUUGAAAAAUAUUCAGUGGAGUGUAAGACCUGGGAAGCUGUAGAAACCCUCUCCAAGCAAUUCAGCAAGUUCAUUGAGCCUACAGUCCCGCAACAAGAAGAAAGAAUUCAGCAGAUUACCAGCCUUGCUAAAGACUUAUAUGGUUUUGAGGAUGGAAUGAAGUACAUUGAAAAAACAAUAACAAAACACAAAGAAGUCCUUCAUUCUAUCAGAGAACUGUGUAAUUCCUUGAAAGACCUUCAAAACCAGCUUGGGGAAGACCCACAAAAGGAGAAAUCUCCAAAUUCAGAUUGUUUUGAUGGAGAACAAGAAAUGGAACAAGAGACACAGAAACUGAAGGUAGAUCAGGAGAGUGUAAAAGAAAAGGAAAAUGAGCCAAAGGAACAGAUGGAGUCAAACGUGUCACCUGAAAGCCCCAUUAUAACGAAGACAGACAACUCUAACAUAACUAUCCCUGACAGCACUAUCAAGGAGUUGAAGACACUGGCUGAUCCUUCAGUGAGCUUUCCUGCUGGGGAGGAUUCUGUUUCACAGGACGCAGACCUGUUGCCUCUUGCCAAAGAAGAUUGCUUUCAGGCAGAGCUGCUGGCAGAAGAUGGGCCUUCCGGAGAUGAAUAUGAGUGUAUAUCCCCUGACGAUAUCUCUUUGCCACCACUUUCCGAGACGCCAGAAUCCAACCUUCUUCAUUCUGAGACAGAGUUGGAAGAGCUGCCUCCCAGCUCUAGUUCUCCUACUCUGCAUGUCAGCUCCUAUAGCGUGCAAAUGCAGAUAAACGCUGGCAGUAAAAGAAUGAGAGAUGAAUCUGAUCCCUUAACCUUUUCUGCUUACGCUGACACGCCUGGUCACAGAAAGGAACAUGUCUCCGGUCAGCCAGGAAGAUUCUCUUCCUCUACCCUGAGCCAUCACUCGAAAUGCAAAACGGAAUCCCCUUUCGCUCACAGUUCACCCGAAAUGCCUGACGCCAACACUGUUCCCAGCAUGCCUAUGACAGCACCUGCCUACUGCAUGCGGAGUGAAGUGUGCGAGACGCGUUGGCAAAGCCAUGAGGUCCACAGAAGCAUGCCGGGAGCGCAGGGACAAUUGCAUGACAGAAAUAACUGUACUAAAACCCAGGAUAGGCUGCAUGCUUCACCCAGUGCAUUCUCAGGUCUCCUGUUUCAAUCAGACGCCACCCGAAGCUGUCAGAGGCAGAUGGUCACCCGAGAAGAGAUUAAAAGUGUAUCUGAAAAGAACAGCAUGGUCAGCCUAUCUGGAAAGGCGCCUAACUUCUCCAAGCUUCUGUCUAAUGUAACUGUCAUGGAAGGUUCUCCGGUGACUUUGGAAGUAGAAGUAACAGGAUUCCCAGAGCCUGCAGUGACCUGGUACAAGAAAGGCCAGAAAGUGACUGGAGAUAAGCACUUAAAGCUCUCACACAAGGAUUCAGAGUAUACCUUGUUCAUUCAGAAGGUGUAUGACACAGACGCGGGCCUCUAUGUGGUUCGGGCUAACAAUUCUAAUGGCACGGUCUCCUCCAGUGCCAUCCUGCAAGUGAAAGGUAACAGGCCACCGAUACAGAGGAUCGACUGGAUAAUAUUGUGCGCCCUCUACUUGACUGUAUCGCUUGCCUACCAGCUGUUUGCUUAACACAGUGCACUGACUUCGUGGAUGUUUUUAACGUUUCACUCUUGGAGACAUCAGCAAAGGGUUAUCGGCUUCCGCGGCAUCUCCUCACUUCACCUGGCUUAUGACUCACUCUGAAUAUAGUGCUGUUGAUAUUAACACCACAGAUACACUGGAUGUUGUUAUUCCUUCAUACUAACGUUACACAGGGGGAAAGAGAGGUAUAAAGAUAGACUUGAGCUCCGAAAUAAUAAAAAUGCUUUAGAACCGAAGACAAGAACCAUGAAAGAACUGAUUUUGUGGAUAAUGAUUUUGUUUGCGGGUAUUAAAUUGAGGGCGUCUACUGUUUAACAAAUACAUUAUGGGUGCUUUACAAUUUAUCUGUUUGUGUUCCUGAGCGGAAUUUUUCUGAUGUACGUUUCAGGUUAGCUUGAUUGUGUUUCUGGGAUCCCCGUGUUUCAUGCUGUUUAAUGGAACGAACAACUUUUUAUAUUCUUAGGAUUUAUGUAGCAUAUUUCAAAUGUUCAAAAGGCAGAAACAAUUAACAGUAACUCUUAAAAUUAUUCUACAAGGUAGGGCAGUAUCAUUUUCUUCAUGAGGUAAAUGGGGCGGGGGGAAAUAAAGCUGAAACCAUAAUAGCCUUCCUUAAGGCUUCAUCAUGAACACAACUUAGGAGACAUUUGCAAGAGAAAUAAAUUGAGCAAUCAUAAGCAGGUCUACUCAGAAUCCUCCGCAGGUCUGUUCAAUGGAGCUUGCGCUCAGGAAAAUCUCAUGGCUCAAAUCCUAUAGUACUGACUUCUGCCCGUUUCAGACGGCGCCUCAGUUUGUCAGGAUAGCAAGGUAAAAUGAUGGUUUAUACAAAUGCUUUCUUAGCAUUUGACUUGCUCUUAAAGGUUUUUCAAACAAGGGAUCCAGGACUGUAUUUAAAAGGAUGAAAAUGCUUGUGUCCAGCAUGAUAAAAUGUAGAGCAAAGGGUCCUCUUAGAUAAGAGUUCACCAACCUGUUUGAGCUGUCAGGCACCUAUUGACUUUUGAGAGGGUGGUGGUGAGCACCACCACGAAAUGGCUGCCACAGGAAGUCAGUCAACUGCAAUGGUUCCCUCCUCACACCUCCUGGGAAGAAGGAAGGUCUGAAGAGGAAAUGGAGCCACACAGUGAUUAAGGAAAGCCCAAGUGCUUACUCAUUUUUCCUGAUCCUCCAGUGGAAGGCCCUUUCAUCUGAAUGAGGGCAGCCAAUAGCAAGUCCAACUUUACAAUGUACCGACCCUGGGAGGCACUAGGUGAAAUGCUAGAAGGCGCCAUGAUGCUUACUGGUGCCACAUUAGGGAAUCCUGCCUUACACUAUUAAUAUGAGGAAUUUGAAAAUGCAUUGCUGACAAGGAAUUUGCUUGAUCUUUGCACUUCUUUUUAUUUUUGAAAGACGAAGGCUCCUGCAACAAUGUAUUAUUAGACUUUAUUGCCUGUUAAACAUAGCAUCUUUGAUUUAUAGAAUAAUAUAUUUCCAGUUUCAACAAAGGUAAGGAAAGAAAUGAUGCUCUUUAAAGAGAGAGCUCACUUAUAAAUUCUCACUUGUCGCCAAAUGACAUGUUAAUGACCAUUAAUUCCUUUUAUUUCCUAAGAAAGCUAGGCAUGUAUUGUACUGUUGUAGUUAAACAAAAAAAAAGGAAAAAAGAAAAG